AUGGCCGCCACGGACGACAUGGACGAACUCGUGAUUCGACUUUUCCGCGAUGUGAUCGACAAGGGGAAGGCGGCCAUACAGAAGGGGGAGGAGGUGGUGGCGCCGGAAGACGACAGCAUCGGCGACAGGAUGUCCAGGGCUGGCCGCGCUAUCGUCAAGGAAGGCGAGCGAGCUGUGAAGAAGAUCAUUUCGCUUUGGAAGGAAGAAGGCGGGACUAUCGGCGACGCUUUUAGACGGAUGAUCACCGAGCCGGGUGAGCUGACCGACAAGCAGAGAAACUUGGAGGCUCUUUUGUACGAUUUUGAGGACUUCAUCGAUGCCGACUCCUUCGAGGCGGAAAGGUUUAAGGAGCUCCAAGCUGCAAGCAAGUCGCUGGCGCUGGCCGUCAUCGAAGCGAUCCGGAGACUGGCUGUCGAAACACCACCAACACCGACGUCAGGGAGAACCCCCUUAUUAACCCCUUUGACUCCUUCCAUGUUCCCGCCUUUGCCUCCGCUUCCUCCUCUGCCCAGCCAUAUGAAGGCCGAUCAUGGGGUCAUAAAGCCAGCACCGCGGCCGAUAUCCAGGGGCAAGGAGGUUCACCCCCUUUCCAUUCGGACAAAGCAACCGCGGUCAUUUUGUUCAGAAGAGAACGGCCCCAUUGUGGGGUUGGGGAUUCGGGGGAUUCGCAGUCAUGAGUACAUGCAUGCCAUGGACGAUCACGAGUCUCACCAUCCACCGACGUCAAGGUCAUCACUGUCCCACCACUCCGUCGUCACCGAGAACUUGAAUCCACCCUUGUCGGACGUGGCAUCAACAAAGGGGAGCAGAGGAACGAGAACGACAAACGAAUAUCCGAGCUGGCGAAACGUCGACCUCACCAUCGGUCCGAACAGCACCUUCGCCGUGAUGAAGGGUUUCUGCGAAGGAGCGACGGGGUUCCGGUCCGGCGGCCACUGGGACGGCGUCAUGAGAUACGGAGCGGCCCCCGGUGCGCAGGCCGCCAACGCUUACUCGUACGACCUGCUCUUUGCAACGCCCCAACAGCCCGUGCUGGCCGAACCGCUGGCCAAGUGCAUCCACUGCGAAUACUCGCACAAGUAUGAUCAGAUGAGUGAGGACGUGGACCGACAUCCUGGGGCGAACCUCGUAUCAGAAGGCGUCAGAUUCCGACGGCGAUUCCUAUACAAAUCACACAUGGCGACGCGCGACAACCUCAAAGCAUGCUACGCCUGCCUCUUCUGCGAACGCACAGGCUCGACCGUCCGGGAAGACGACCCCACCGUCUUCACGUCCAUCACGCAGCUCAUGCGCCACGUCGCCCGCCACCCGCGCCCCCUCCCCGCCGUGCCAGGUCUAGCCGUCAUCUACGGCACAAUCGGGCCCGACCACCCGCAGGCGCAAGAUUACGACGUGAACCUCGCCAACCCGUCGCCGGAGGAGGGGGAGGGGGAGGGGGAGGGGGAGGAGGACGGGGACGGGGACGGAGGGACGACGACGACGACAACGCCUGACGCGACGAGCCGAGGAUACCUCCCCGUGGCGGUGGCGGUGCGCGAUCACGUCGCGUUCCCGAACGAGCGCAAGUUGAGCGGGCCGGACCGGGAGACGGCGGCGCUGUCGUUCCUCGCGGGGGCACGGAUCGUGGCGGUGGAGUUUCCGGAGAAAUGGGGCGGGAAGUGGUGCGUCGGAUGGCAUGAUGGGCGGUUUGGGGCGUUUCCGGCCAAGAUGGCGCAGCUGGAGGCUCCGAGGCGGCGGUCGAGCAUGAGGAUAGAGGCGGCGACGGGUAGCAGGCGGAGUGGAGUGACCAAGUGGAAGUGGGAACCCAAGGAAACCUCGACGGGGGCGGCGUCUGGGUCGGUUGGGUGGUUGGCGUUCGAUAAGGGGGAGCAAAUCACCCAUCUUGACUGGGACGACCCGGACGCAUGGUACUGGUUGGGGACGAACAGCAAGGGCAAGUACGGCAUCUUUCCGAGGUCACAUAUGAAAAUUGAGAGUAUUCAGGACGGAUCUCUCGUGACGGAGGAGGGGGAGGAUGACGAGGGGAGCCAGGGGACGAGUGUUCGACGGCUUUCGAGGCCUAGGAGGUCGGGAAAGAGGCCGACGAACCUGUUCGGAUUACGACGAUUGAGCAGCCAGACUUGGUCUACGUCGUCAUCUUGA